GGGCGUGACUUCGCCACUCUAUAACUAUGCCCUGAUAGUACUCAACUCGACUGUACUUAUAUUUGGUUUUAUUUUGUUCUGCAAAGUGUGUCCGCACAUUCAGACAAUGCUUUCUAUUUUAGCGUGUGGAAUGGUGUUCUUCCCAGGUCUGUUCUACGGCUUGAGGAAAGUGCUGAAGUCCGCAUUUACACACUGGAGUGAUGCGGAUGUGGUGGUUGUUAGCGAAAGAUUGGUCUCCUCCGUCCAUGCGUCGUUGGCCACUGUGUCUGGAGUCCUGGUGGUAAACACCUGCAGGGAUGUAAUGAAUGACCGACACUGGCUGGUGAACAGCUUUGUGCUCUUUGGGGCCCCCUACAUGGCCUAUGACCUCUACGCCAUGUACCUGAGCCACUACCACCAGCAGAGACUGAUAAACAACAGUACUGCUCACCAGAACCACUCUCUGCAGACGGUAAAGGCGUUCCUCUCGAAGGAGCGACUGCUGGUCUUCCAUCACAUGGCCCUCCUUCUUGUUUUCAUGCCCAUUGUUCUGUUCUUCAGAAGAGACCUUGGAGACUUCUUUAUAGCUUGUUUUUGGAUGACAGAGUUCAGCACUCCCUUUGUUUCAUUGGGGAAGAUUCUCAUUCAGUUGGGCUUGGAGAACAGCAAGCUCCACUGGAUCAAUGGGGUCAUGGUUCUCUGCAGUUUCUUCACCUGCCGAAUACUGCUCUUCCCUUACAUGUAUUGGAUGUACGGUCAGCAGUUUGACCUCCCCCUACACAGUGUUCCCUUCCACCUGCCAUUGCACUGCAACGUGGGCAACCUUUCUAUCAUGGUCCCCCAGGUCUACUGGUUCAUAUUGCUGGUGAAGAAGGCACACAGACUCUACCGGAGGAAGGUUAAAGUACAGGGGCCAAAACAUGAGUGAAACUUUGAAUGGCACCUUUAAAAACAAUUGAAAGGUAGUUUAAUUAAUUGAUGGUUUUGUCCCCAGAGGCACUAAACCCAUUGUGAACGUGCCAUACGAAACAACAUGAAUUUAUAAAUUCAAAAUCUGACAGGAUCUUAGCAAAUUUUGUCCUUAUAUUAAGUUUGUUUUGUAAUGCUGGUGGUUCUAUGGGGAAUUUCAAUCUUUCCAAAUAAAAUAAAGUAAAAUUGUAUUCUGCUUGUCAA